AUGCUGUUGAUGGAACUGUUUCACGCUUUCGACGGUAGGCAGGAUGAACGGAUGAACCCAGUGGAUGAACCGGACAUAGAGCUAGAACGCUACGAACAUGCACGAGCUCGCGAGAAGAACACAGUCACCGCCGCGAAAAAGAUCCGUAGGUCACAAAAGCUGCACGAGAUCUCUAGCGACAGCGAUGCGACUCCCGACGACCUGUUUCCUGUAGCAGAUGCUGUAGCAGAUGCGGUACCGCGAUCAGAACAGCGAGACCGAAGUGACGCAAAAAAUGCAACGUCGUCAAACAGCACUCCUAAGCAGCAGCCGACAGGAGCAGAUAAACGUCCGGUGUGUCAGUACGGAAACAAGUGCUUUAGAAAAAAUCCGGAACACAAACGUCAGUACAGACAUGAUUGUGCUCCGUGUAAUCCAUUUUCUGAUUAUGAUUCGUCUCUCCUCGGACUACAUUUCACUACUGUGAGAGGCAUUUCUCCUAGGUACAAUGAUCCUUCGAUUGCACACUCACUGGAAGACCUCUUGGCUCCAAAGAUGGGUGAAUUAGUACGUUCAGCCCAAUUCAAUUACUGUUUUGACAUCCCCUGGUUGCUCGAGAGAUAUCCACCUCAAUUUAGAGACCUUCCAUUGCUAAUUGUUCAUGGUGAACAGAGGGAAGCAAAAAGGGAACUGGAAGCGUCGGCAGCCCAGUUCUCAAACGUUUCCUUCUCUCAAGCAAAACUUGAAAUUCUUUAUGGAACGCAUCACACAAAAAUGAUGUUGUUGUUGUACAAAGAUGGUAUGCGUGUUAUCAUUCACACUUCAAACAUGGUACAAUCUGAUUGGGAUCAGAAAACACAAGGAAUGUGGAUUAGUCCAAAGUACCCAAAAAUGGCAACAUCCGAGUCUGCAGGAGACUCUUCCACAGGAUUCCGGAAAGAUCUGCUGGAGUACCUCUGGGCUUACGGAGACUCUCGCAUUAGUGAAUGGUGUCAGCUCAUUCGUGGCCACGACUUUUCAUCAACUAAAGUCUUUCUUGUUGGGUCAGUUCCUGGUAGGCACACAGGGGUUCGCAAGUCAUCUUUCGGCCACCUCAAGCUCCGUAGCCUCCUCCUCUCUCGUGGACCAAGUAAAGAGGUUGUGUCUGACCACUGGCCUGUCAUUGGACAGUUCUCUAGCAUUGGCUCCCUAGGUACAGACCCCGGUGCAUGGCUGAAGGCAGAGUUCCUCUGUAGUCUUUCCGCUUUAGGUGGCAGUACACCAGCUCCACGUUCUGUGCCAUUGAAGCUUGUGUUCCCGACUGUGGACAAUGUCCGUUGCAGUCUCGAAGGAUACCCUGCUGGUGCGUCUCUGCCUUACAGCAUAAGCACUGCUCGAAAGCAGCCGUGGUUGGAGAAGUUUCUGCACCAGUGGAAGAGCAACAAUUUUGGGCGAACUGAGGCAUCUCCACACGUAAAAAGCUACGUAAGAAUAUCUCCCAGCGGCAAGCAACUCGGUUGGAUGCUGAUUACAAGUGCCAAUCUCUCCAAGGCAGCGUGGGGAGCCUUUGAGAAGAGUGGGACGCAGCUUAUGAUACGAUCGUAUGAACUUGGAGUUCUGUUUUUGCCAAAGUUCUUUGGGGAAGCGUCAACAUUCGUUCUUGGUGGAGGAAAUGGUGGCAGCAGCCAAAGCCUUUCCGUACUGUUGCCAUUUGACGUGCCAUUGAGCCCGUACGGAGUGGAUGAUGAACCGUGGACAUGGGACAGUGCUCACAAGGAUUUGCCAGACAGGAAUGGAAACAUGUGGUGCCCACCUGGACGUUGAGUGAUUAAUGGUAAAGUACUGGUCCAUGGGGCUGAUCGUGGUGUGCAUGGUGUGGAAAACCAGACACGUGCAUUUGUAUCCUGAUGACUUGGAUGAUGAUCCUUGUACGUGCUGAAAAAGGAGGCAAAUAAAUGGAAGCAGUUUUUCAUGCA